UGUUCUCCGAAAAACAUGACCCGAAUAUUUUUAGUCUGCAACACGGAGGCCGUCUGGGCCAGACGAGUUUAAAACAUGGUCCAAUAGUGAGUAAUAAAACGGGUCAAUAUAACACGAGCUCACCAUGUUAAAAUAUAACGAUUGGGAGCGUGUAAUUUAGACACAGCUGCGACAAUGUUGUUCAGAUUCGGCGUCAUUGUCACCCCGGAGUGCUCGGACGAGGAGGUUUUGGUCCUGGGCUCUCGGGAGGAGAUGGGCCACUGGGACCCGAGCAGAGCCGUGCGGAUGAAAGCCUCGCAGACGCUCCCGUCACCAGAGGAGCCCUGUCUGUACACCGUGGACGUGCAGCUGGCGGAGCCGUACACAGACACACUGUGGUUCAAGUUCAUCAAAAGGGCCAGAGGCAACUCUAUCUGGGAAGGUAGCGGUCCGAGCCAUGACAGGUGUUGUUCAUACGAUGACAGGAAUGUGGUGGAUGGAGUGUACUGCCACCCGAUUGGCCACUGGAUUGAGCAAACGGGACACACGGAUGAGAUGAGACACACCACCAACUUUUACUUCAGGGUGGCGGGUCAGAAAGCCAUCCAUUUCUCCAGGGUGCUGCCACGUGUGUGGCUGGGCAGCUGCCCUCGACAGGUGGAGCACGUGUCGAUCAAGAUGAAGCGGGAGCUCGGCAUCACUGCCGUGAUGAACUUCCAGACGGACUGGGACGUGGUGAACAACUCCCACGGAUGCAGGCGCAACCCCGAGGAGACCAUGACCCCCGAAACCAUGAUGCAACUCUACAAAGAUUCCGGCCUUGUGUAUGUUUGGAUGCCGACGCCCGACAUGAGCACAGAGGGUCGCAUCAGGAUGCUUCCUCAGGCUGUAUUCUUGCUUCACGGUCUCCUGACCAACGGUCACAGCGUCUAUGUUCACUGUAACGCUGGAGUAGGCAGGUCCACGGCAGCCGUGUGUGGCCUGCUGAUGUUCGUCUUUGGCUGGUCCUUGAGGAAGGUCCAGUACUUUGUCACUGCGAGGAGGCCAGCGGUAUACAUAGACGAGGAAGCUUUGGUCCGAGCCCAGCCUGACUUCAUUCAGAAGUUUGGCCACCUGCCAGCACCCAUCUCUUGCCCAGAGACAUGACAGCUAAGUCUACCAUCCUUCAAAUUAGAAGCACAAACUGAAGUUUUGAAAAUCUCAACCACACUUUUAAGAAACUAUAAUCUGAUUCCUUACAGAUGUUAAAAA